CUCCGCUAAGUCAGUCGUAGACACUCUCUCUCACAUUUGCUCUUUCUGUCUUUACCAAGUUUCCGCCGCUAACAAAACUACACAGCCAUGGCAGCAAAUUGUGACCUUGCUUCAGAUGUGCUUCACAAUUUGUCGCUUGAUCCAAAAAUCAAGGCUUUAGCUCCUGAUUCUGAUAACAAGUUGCAGGGGGCAUAUGGCGGAAACGGUAAUGACUACUUACUCAAUGAAGAGCUUGUGGAGGCUACCAAAAACGGUAAACCUGGUCUUUUGUCUAAAGAUGGAGGUUUAGCCAAAGACAAGGGAUCGAACCCUAAGAAACUCGGUUACCAGAACUCAGCAUUUAACGCAAAGGGUUCAUAUGCAAAAGGUGCCUACUCUUAUGGAUACUAUUCUCCAGCAUAUCAGUACCCAAGAUAUGGUUACAGUGGGAGCUAUGCCGCAGGAAAGGCCAAUCUUCAGUAUCAGUACCUACAUGGAAGAUCAGCUAGUGCAGGUCAAUCUUAUGGGUACAUGGAUAACAUUUACUCAAAUUAUGCGAUGUGUGGACCUUACUCAAAUGGAUAUGGCUAUGGCUCUUACGGUUAUGACGCAUGGAAGCACAUGCCCAAUUGGUAUGCGGUUAACAAUUCCUACAAGACAAGAAAUGGUUUUCAAGGAUAUGGCAAAGAAAACAUUGAGGGAUUAAAUGAGCUGAAUAGAGGGCCACGAGCUAAGGGUUUCAACAGCCAAGAGGGUUCAAAGGUGAUGACUGUAUCUACCAAGGAGCAGAUUGUUACUGAAAUUGAGAAACUCUGCGAAGAUGGAUCUCUUUUAGAGCUCAAGGACUACAAUAAGAAAGAUUUCCCUGAGACCUACUCUGAAGCAAAGUUUUUUGUUAUCAAAUCGUAUAGUGAAGAUGAUAUCCAUAAGAGUAUCAAAUACAAUGUUUGGUCCAGCACUCCCAAUGGUAACAAGAAGCUGGAUGCUUCAUAUAACGAGGCAAAACAGAAGUCAGAAGGCUGUCCUGUGUUUCUACUCUUCUCUGUAAACACGAGUGGACAAUUUGUUGGUUUAGCCGAGAUGGUAGGCCCAGUGGAUUUCAACAAGACUGUUGAAUACUGGCAACAAGACAAAUGGAUUGGUUGCUUCCCUGUCAAGUGGCAUUUUGUUAAAGAUAUCCCUAACAGCUCCUUGAGGCAUAUUACUCUGGAGAACAAUGAGAACAAGCCAGUUACUAAUAGCAGAGACACACAGGAAGUAAAGCUAGAGCAAGGAAUGAAAGUCAUCAAGAUUUUUAAGGACCAUGCAAGCAAGACAUGUAUCCUUGAUGAUUUUGUGUUCUACGAGAAUCGUCAAAAGAUUAUCCAAGAGAGGAAAAGCAAACACGUGCAGAUAAAAAAACAGGAUUUGGUUGCCACUGCAAACAAGGUAAACAACAGUGUAAUGCCAAAAUAUAAUACUGCGAAACCGCAAGAGUCUACUGCGGCCUCUGAUGAUGCAGCAGCACUAGGAGUUGUGACUCAAGUGGUGAAAGAGAACGAGUUAGCUGUCGAAAAGAAUGCUGUUGCUACUGCCUGCUGAACCAACCUUUGGUUUUAAGGGGGAACUGGGUGGGCUGUUUUAGGCUAUUUAGGGCGUUUCCCUAGUUUUGUUUCCAUUCCAAAAUUUGCAGACUUUUUUGUUUACUUUUGUUGGAACCGAGUUGAGGGUAGUAGCCUUAGUAGAUGAAGUUUUGGCUUGAGAGCAUUCAUCAUCUUUCAGUUAAUCUCUAUCUCUUUAGUGAUGGUCCAAUAUAUGAGGGUAUGUGCAAAGAUUGAUGUUGAAUCUGCUUAUUCAAUCUUAUAUUUUCUUUCAGCCAA